AUGGUCUCAGCGUUCCAGAUGCCGUCAUACUAUAGGACGCCGUUGACUGUCGAUACCACACACGCUCAGAAAUUCUUCGAGGAGGAGGACGGGAGCAUACUAGACGACAGCAUCCUUGACCAGAGCGCACUUGACUCGGGUUUGGAAAUGUCACCGCCGCUGGUUGAGAGCCGCAGAGACUCGUUCACGGUCGCCCCAUCGAUCUUCUCACCGAAGACAGAGGAUUGGCAGUCGGUCGAGAUGCAGUCUGUUCCAUCGAACAACCCGUUCUUCGACCAGCAGAGUAACAACCCCUUCUUGAGAAUGGAUCAGAACCAGCAAGCCACGUACCAGAGCCACGUCUGGCCCAUGACCAGCUCUGGAUCUGCCACUCCCCAGCUCCCGGCCUUCGACGGCCUGCCGGUGGAGUACGACGCGGGCAACCUCGCUAUGUUCCAGCGACCUCCCACCAUCCAGACUCCAACCCCGUUCGGUGGCCCCGCCAACCCGGUCGGCAUGUUCCAGCAACUCGGGCAACCGGCCCCGCAGUCUAUCCCGACGUCUCCCCAGAAAGAUGCCUGGAUGGCCCAAGAUCUCAAGGGUCAACCCAUGCUCAAGAGGCCACGUCCCGCCAGCCCCCUGAUCCGGUCGCACAACGACCUGCGGAGGGGCGAUGGCAUCCGCAAAAAGAACGCCCGCUUCGACAUCCCUGCCGAGCGCAACCUCAACAACAUCGACCAGCUGAUUGCUCAGUCGACCGACGAGCAGGAGAUCAAGGAGCUCAAACAACAAAAGCGCCUGCUGCGCAACAGGCAAGCUGCGCUCGACUCGAGGCAACGCAAGAAGCAGCACACGGAGCGGCUCGAGGAUGAGAAGAAGCAGUUCACCGAGAUCAUUGCCAACAUGGAGGAUACCAUCGCGAAGAUGGAGCGGGAGAUGCAGAAGCUUGUCCUGGAGAAGCAGAACUACGAGUCGUACAUCCACGAGCUCGAGCGCGACAAGGAAGAGAUGAUCAGCAGACACACCAUCGAGACGGGCGAGCUGCGGAAGAAGAUCAGCGUCCUGACGAACGAAGUGCAGUCCAUGGGCCAUGCCACCACCACCGCGUCCGGAUUCUCGGGCGCUUUUAGCGAGAUGGAGAGCAUGGCCAUGGACUGCUCCUGGGGCGACAUGCCGAUGUUCGGCGACUUCCCCAUGGAGCAGCCCGCUGCCACUGAGGUCAAGCAGGAAAUGCAGAUUGUGCCGGCCGCCAAGAAGUCCGAGGGCGUGGCCCUGCCGACGGCCGACUCCGAGAAGCCUGCCCAACAAGGUGGGCUCCUCUUCAUGCUCUUCCUUGUUGGCGCUUUUGUGCUCUCGAGCCGGUCGUCGACACCCAGCAUCCCGCGCGUCUCGGAGGAUGUCCGCGCCGCGUCCGCGACCCUUCUGGAGAACGUGCUGAAGGAUGCGGGUGUGUCGCAGGUCUCGUCGGGCGUCGAGGCCGCCGUGGCGCCGCAGCCCUCGGGUGCCGCCAACUGGAACCCCCAGGCGUCCGCCCCGUCCAUGUCCCUCGCCACACCCAUGGUCGAGAAUGUCGCGUCGUCGGUGCUGGGCGAGAUGGCGGAUGCCCUGACGCAGCCCACCGAGCAACAGACCAACGAGCAGAUCUUCUCGCUCUCGGCCGCGCAGUAUAACGACCUGACCUCGCCGGAUUUCCUCUCGAGCGCUCCACCGGCCGAAAGGUCUACGAGCCAAGGGAGACGCAAUCUUGCCGAGGCCCUGGCCAGCAUGCGCAGCUCGAGCAAGCAGCAGUCUGCUGCCGAGGUCUACACUCGGUCGCUGCUCUGGGACCAGAUCCCGAGCGACGUCGUCCGGGCCUUUGCCAAGAUGGUCGCGGAGAGUAACAACGCCGCGGCCGUCGGAAGCGACGACAACCGGGCGUGA